UUGAGUUUACAAACUUUGGGACGGCAGUGUUAGUGGCAGUAGAUCUAUCUAGGAAAGUCACUGGCGUCUACAGAAAUCGGUGUUCUGAUAUUUUCUGAUGAAGAGGACACAUUUAGUGUUCUCUCGUUCGCUUGGUGGAAUUUAUUCUGAUGUAACUUUUCAGGCAAGUCGUAGGGUGGAUAGCUCAGCGUAGGUUAUACAUUUUCCUUUGGAACAAAAACUACAGAAGAAAGUUUUGGGCUGUCGAAGAAGGUGUUCCUGUAGUCUGAUAAGCUCGUCUUUUAUAUCUUUAACGUUUUCACAACGUCAACAAAUUAAGCAAAAUGAGCAACAACCCUCUGCAACCCAUGCCAGGGCACCAAGUUAUCCAUGUCGCGAAGGACUCUGACACGGACCUGGAAGCGCUUUUUAACUCGGUUAUGAACCCGAGACCCAGUUCUUGGAGGAAGAAAGUUUUACCCGAGUCGUUUUUCAAGGAGCCUGAUUCGGGUUCUCAUUCCCGACAGUCUAGUACUGACUCGGGAAGCCACCCACCCAGACUAAUAGAGCAACAACACGCACAUGCACGGUCAAAAUCUUUACCAGCGUCUUUCCAGCUUGGAGUCGGGGCCAGCUCAACGCCAAGCCCGGCACAUCAUGCGCACAUCCGGCACCAGUCUUUCGAUGUUGCCGAGGAGCUACCACUGCCCCCGGGAUGGGAGAUGGCUCUCACGUCCAACGGCCAAAAGUAUUUUCUCAAUCACGUGGAGAAGAUCACCACAUGGCAUGACCCACGCAAGACCAUGACUGCUGCCAUGAACCAGAUGAGUCUGCACGCUGGCCCCCCACAACCACCCCCACAGCUCCAGCAGCAGCAGCAGCAACAGCAGCAGCAGCAACAGCGCUCCAUGGCCUUAUCGCAGCCCAAUCUCGGACAGCUGCCCGAGGGCUGGGAGCAGGCAGUCACCCCUCAGGGAGAAACGUACUUCAUUGACCACAAAGCCCAGACCACUUCCUGGCUGGACCCACGAGUGGAUGCCCACCUCAUGAUGUCCCACCACCACCAGCAACACCUUCAGCAUGCCCAGCAGCAGCAACAGCAGCAGCAGCAACAGCAGCAGCAACAACAACAGCAGCAGCAGCAGGUUCAGGCCCAGACCAUGGGCUCGCCUGGCGCCAUGGCCCAGCAGCAGGGCUCCCAGGCGGGCAUGAUGGCCCUGCCCAACUCCAUGAGUGCCCAGCACCAGCAGAAGAUGCGACUGCAGCGGAUCCAGCUGGAGCGCGAGCGCAUCCAGAGGAGACAGGAGGAGCUGAUGAGACAGGAGGUGGCGCUGUGCAGACAGCUGCCCAUGGAGUCAGAGAACAUGACCGCAGUGCCACCAGCCGUCAACCCAGCGCCCAUGAACCAGGGCACCAUGCCAACCAGCGGAUCGGACCCCUUUCUCAACAGUGGGCCCUACCACUCCAGGGAGCAGAGCACGGACAGUGGCCUCGGCCUCAACUGCUACACCAACUGCCCCACCACUCCAGAGGACUUCCUUAACAACAUGGAGGACAUGGACACAGGAGAAAACCUGGCGCAGGGCAACAUGAAUGUUCCACAGCAGAGCCGUUUCCCCGACUUCCUGGACUCCCUGCCGGGCACCAACGUAGACCUGGGCACCCUGGAGGGCGCCGACCUCAUGCCCAUCCUCGAUGUGGAGUCGGUUCUCAACAAGAGCGAGCCUUUCCUCACCUGGCUUUAAAACGGCAAGGAAGUCAGACCGUCAACACACUAAAAAAGACUUUAUUUUGCUACCUUUCUUAUUAUGUAAAAAUCUGUGAACUCUUCUCCUCCAAGGUUUUUACUCGCGUGUAAAAGCAUUGUUGUCAUUAACUCAUUGAUUAUUCUUGUGCGAAUAGCUACCACAUCACAGUGAAAUCCCUCUGAAUUCUGAGCUGAAUGCAGACGCUAACCAAAGGUCCCUCAUCACGCCGAGAACAAAGCUGAACAUGUCCAGUCAUGGCUCAAGAAAAUGGAACAAAGUUAAUGUUUUAUGUAACGUUUGAGAUAGCAUUCACUUUUAGCACCUCAAAUUUAGAAUAAAUGGAAAUCUAUAGCAUUCCUGUUUCUGUGUAGGGGUGACGCAGCAUGGCAAGGGGGGGAAAGGGCCGCCUGUUGGUCUUCCCGAGCUAUAUUUUUUAAACCAGGAGCAGGGACAACACAGCCAGUAGAUGGAGCCACAGUGUACAGUAAAAUGGAGGCCCGCACCUGAUCCAGCAACACCACAAUUCAGCGUCUGAUUAAACUCUGAAGUCUUUGAGGCCAUCGGGCUUCCCUCGAACAACAAUGCAGCCUUAUGAACAAAGUAUUUUUUCUUUCUUCCUUGUGUUUUGGUUACACUUUAGUUAACAGUGGCCAACCUCUUACUUUGUAGUGCUUAUGUGAAUACUGUGCAUGAAAUACUCCACACGCUGGGACUCCAUGAUCGCGCAUUUAGACCAUGGCGGCUUGUUUUAAAAAAUGUGAUGUGAUGUGUGUGUGCGUAUGUAUGUGUGUGUGUGUGUGUGUGUGUGUAUGUGUGUGUGUGUUUGUCAUGCAGCAAUUCAUUUGUUCAGUGGCUAUACACACAGUAUCCACAUUAGCGAGUGCGUAAAGAAUUAGGGCACCGAAAUGUUUUAAAAAGUGUUGCCUCUUUUUUUGCAUACUUCUCAGAAAAAUACCAAAUCAUUUUUCUACUGUGUGCCAUGUUACUAUAAAAGCUUUAAAAGGUGAAUUUUUAUUCAGCUAAACUUCUAAAGAAGCAAUAUUUGGUCAGCAUAACUGUUCUAAGCUGAUUUAGCUUUUCUAUCACUAAAGCUCCAUGUCUCUGAAAUGCAAUUUGUAGACAUAAGUUUUGUAUCAUGUACUUUUAUACUGCUUACAGUAUUCUUUUUUAUAUACUGUAAAAUAGCCUAGAUGAGUUUCUUGCAUCUGGUGCAUUUAUGACUUUUAAUAUAGAGUUAGCAUUUUUAGUAUUUAUCAAGAGCUAUGAUUCAUUUUUAGAGAGAGAUUUUAGUUUUUUUUUUAUUUUUUUUAAUGAAAUUAAAAUUUCAAAGCACUACAAAUCAGCAAGGGAUUCAAGAUAUCUGAUGAAGUGGGUAUUGAAGUUAGGUCAUCUAGAUCAUCAUUUUUAGUUCCUACCUUUGUUUUGGUUCUGGUUGAAUGUGUGGCUUUGAUAAUCCUUUAUAGAAGCAAAUUGACCCGUCUGAUCCUUGUUGUAUUCUAAAUUUGGUCUCAGAAAGUAGGGUGAGGUGCUUCUCAGAGGAGAGCAUGUGUUCUAAUACCUGCAGGGAAUAGACAAAGAUAGUAUUUUGUAUACCCGAGGUAAUUUUGUCAGCGGUUCAAUGGGACUGAUUGAUUUUUUUUUGUUUGUUUGUUUCUGUUUUCAAACUGGAUAAUCACAUCGAAGCGAACAACACAAUCUUGUCUUCCUCACUGUGGUGGUGUUAAAUCCAGUUUGAUAUUUCUUUUCUACAUCUGUCUAAGUUCAUUUGUACUUGCAUGUUGAAUGAGAUAUAUGCUAUUCCUAGCCUUGGUGGACUAUUGCUCCAUUCUCUAUGGUGACUUAACUGUAUCGGGGAUUACAUUAUGGGAUGUUUCGGGGCGGAGCGGGUGAAGAUAGACACACACUCUCACACACACACACUAAAAUGACAGCACGAGGUGUGGGAAAUAAACAUGAGCAAAGAGGACACAGAUGUGAGGUCACACACACACACACACACACACAUACACACACGACACACACGACACACACUCACACUUGGAGACACACAAACACACUUACCAAAACGGCUCAUGACGUCCUUCACGCGGUUAGGACUGAUUGGCUCAUUGCUGGGUCUGAGCUUGUGAACAUAAUGGAUGCCUAAGAUCGCGCUGGUCCUCCUAUAUCUCUACGGAGGACAGGACAGCCACUUGGGAUUGAUGACGCCCUGUUUUUGUGGACUAUGCUCUGGGGUUCAAAAGUGGGGCCUACCGCUCCCCCUUCAACACUUAAGGGGCCACCCUAUGAACAGGGCUGAAGCAAGAGCUGCUUUUAGGAAAGUGCUUUUCCUAACAAGCUCUUAAACAAUUCAAAAGGCUUUUCUUUAAAAAAAAAAAUGGCAUUGUUUUUGUUUUGUUUUUUUCAAUUGUAUUAGAUAUGUAUUAAAAAUGUUAUUCCAGAACAAGCUCAUGCUAGAGUUGUCACUGUGGGCAUUGCAGAGUAAUACAAAUAGCAGAGAAGACAAGAGAGGCAGAGGUCAGGUCAAGCUUAAGAGAACGAAUAUGACUAUUGCUGUACUGAGAGACACAUGUGCUUCAGUUUAUAAAAGUAAAACUGCUGCAGUGAUGGGGAUGCCACUUUGGGUAAAGAAAAUGUGGCAAAAGUCAAUGUGGGUUUUGAGAACACGUUUAAUAAUGCUUUAAAAACAUGUAGAUGGAAUGGUCAGAGAUUUACCGGUAUGUGUAGCAUUCAUACAAUGCAAUCCUGCAGAGUGCAACAUUCUGCUACACACACAUAGGGAGAACUUUUUUAUUUUCUAAAGAGUAGAAUAACAGGGUAUGUGGAUGUUGAAGGCAUGCUAGAGCUCUGCAAUCACACACUCUCUCACACACACUCACACAUCCAUACACACACACAUAAACUAGACUGCAGUUUACUGUAUCCAGGAUAAGGCAGUGUGAAGUUCAUGAACAAUGUCACCUCAUCAAGAGGUCUCUGAAACUAAAAUGUCUUGUAACUUGUUAAAAAAUCAAAUAAAAAAUGGUUCUGUACCACUUA